AUGUGCUCCGUCUGCUACAAGAAGCACCACGGCAUCUCCGUCGGCGCGCCCAAGGCGGCGAGGGAGCUGCAGCAGCCAAGCCGGUGCGCGGCGUGCUGCAAGAAGGUGGGGCUGACGGGGUUCAUGUGCGGAUGCGGGAAGACCUUCUGCGUGAGGCACCGCUACACGGAGAAGCACGGCUGCGCCUUCGACUUCAAGGGCGCCGGCCGCCGCAUCAUCGCCCGAGCCAACCCCCUGAUCAAGGGAGAGAAGCUGCCCGGCAGAAUCUGA